CGUCUCUCAUUAAUCCAACUCUCCAACUUGUCAAGCUUCAUAAACUGGCUUAGUCUCCGCCCCUCUCUGUCUCUAGAACUAGAAAAAGGAGAAGAGAACAUGGCGUCAUGGUCAUCGUCGUCCACGCAGCGGAGCAGCGGCGCGACCAUGCCGUGCUCCGUGGUAAAGCUCGACGACGACCUGCUGCGCCACGAGGAGGAGGCCGCCGAGGAGAUCCGGCGCGGCCCGUGGACCGUGGAGGAGGACCUCACACUCGUCAACUACAUCGCCGACCACGGCGACGGCCGCUGGAACUCCCUCGCCCGCGCCGCCGGGCUGAAGCGGACGGGGAAGAGCUGCCGGCUGCGGUGGCUGAACUACCUCCGGCCGGACGUGAAGCGCGGCAACUUCACCGCCGACGAGCAGCUGCUCAUCCUCGACCUCCACUCCCGCUGGGGCAACAGGUGGUCCAAGAUAGCUCAACACCUUCCUGGGAGGACCGACAACGAGAUCAAAAACUACUGGAGGACAAGGGUGCAAAAGCACGCCAAGCAGCUCAACUGUGACGCCAAUAGCACCAAGUUCAAGGAUGCCAUGAAGUAUCUAUGGAUGCCUCGCCUCGCUGACCACCACCUCCAGCAAGCAUCUACAGUUGGUGAUCAUCUUGUGCCUGGGCUACCAACGGCCUACAUGGAGAGCUCCGGCAUGGUGACAUCGUCGUCCGACUCAUUCGCAUCGGAGUCAUAUGAUGGUGCACGCUGUGCAAAUGCGAGCGUGGGAGAGAUGAUACACAGUGGGGAUUGGGUUGAAGAGCAGAAUCAAGGGUUUUGGCCUGAGUCAAACCAGACUUUCCAGCUUCAAGACUCAGACUUGUCUGGAUGGGUACAAGGGUUCUCCGAGUCCGAGAGCCUCACUGAGAAUUUUUGGAGUUUGGAGGACAUUUGGAAGAUGCAAUGAUUUAUAUUCUAUGUUGGAAAAGGGGUACGUGCAUAUACGAUUUAUGGUCGGCAUGGUGGUGUUGAGUUAGAUGCGUCACUUAUAUGGAGAAAAAACUAGAGUUAAUUAGUUUAUUCUAACUCGAAAAGUCACUAUUUUAUAGAACAGUGAUUAAAGUUCUUUUCGUUUCUUUUUCUUCUUUUCUACUUUUUGGGUCAGGUGUUCAUUUUUUCCUCAUACGGACUUGUUCUCCGAGAGGUUAAAGGGAUGGAGUAUUCCGCGCAUGAUGUGUAAUGUUACUUAUAAGGAUGCAAAUGUACAAGCGCACAAAUGAUUGGUAUUGAAA